GUCGGGGACUGCGGGAGUGUUGGGCAGUAUGGAUAAAUUAUGUGAAUUAGCGCAGGACAAUUGAUAUUGACUAUGGUAUGUGCAAAGAGCCUUGUGAUUAGUGGAAGAGUAUUGGACUCCGCAGUAUCAGCAGUUUAGCGGCGCUUUGACGUGUGUUAUGGAAUCAAAUCAAACUCCGCUGCAUUUCAGAAUUUGAUACGUUUAGAGACGAAGGAUGUGCAUUCUGAUAGUGGGGUCCAUAUCAGAUUUCGGAUUAUGCGGGAUUUGUGGUUAUGAUCAAAUUAAAGCACAGGCCCAUUAUGGAUUUUCAAAAUACUGCAGCCUGCCCCUGUCAUAAAGUAGGUCUUGAAGUAUUCAGAAGAGGAAUUGGUUCAUAACUUGCCAAAGAUGAUGACCUUACCUGGCAUAGGAGUUUUUGGAACUGGAAAUACAGCCAGAGUUUUGAUUCAGCUUCUACGAGCAGAAGGUUUUAGCAUUGAAGCUUUAUGGGGAAAAACAGAUGAAGAUGCCAAAGUGGUUGCAGAAGAAAUGGGAAUACCAUUUUAUACCAGCCAUACAGAUGACGUCUUACUGCACCAAGAAGUAGAUUUAGUGUGUAUCAGCAUUCCGCCCCCUCUCACACGACAGAUUGCCGUAAAAGCUCUAGGUAUUGGAAAGAAUGUGAUUUGUGAGAAAGCUGCAUCUUCUCUAGAUGCAUUUACAAUGGUGAAAGCUGCCCGUUACUACCCAAAACUGAUGAGCCUGGUAGGAAAUGCUCUGAGGUUCCUUCCUGCCUUUGACCGAAUGCGCCAACUUAUCUUAGAACAAGGCUAUGUGGGGGAAAUCCGCAUUUGUGAUGUACGUGUUUAUGGUGGGAGCUUGCUGAGUAGCAAUUACAGCUGGAUCUGUGAUGACCUUAUGGGGGGAGGUGGGUUGCACACAUUGGGGACCUACCUGGUUGACCUCCUCACUCAUCUAACAAACAAAAAAGCAGAGAAAGUUCAUGGGUUCCUUAAAACAUUUGUAAAGCAGAACGAGGCCAUUUCUGGCAUCCGGUAUGUAACAAGUGAUGAUUUUUGCUUCUUCCAGAUGCAAAUGACUGGGGGUGCUUGUAGCACUGUAACUCUUAACUUUAAUAUGCCAGGUACAUUUGUGCAUGAAGUUAUGGUUGUGGGGUCAGCUGGGAGGCUGGUUGUACGUGGAACAGAACUGUAUGGACAGAAAAAUUCUGCUUCUGAAGAAAAAUUACUACUUUCAGAGCCACUAACAAGUGACAUUGCAGAUGUCAGUGACUUUGACAAAGUGCCUCCUCCAUAUCUCAUGGGAAUUGCACACAUGGUGAAAGCACUACGUCAGUCAUUCCAGGACCAGGAGGAUCGUAGGACCUGGGACCAUAAGCCACUGUCAGUCGCUGCCACAUUUGAAGAUGGUUUGUAUAUGCAAAGGGUGGUUGAUGCAAUCAAAAGGUCAAAUCGUUCAGGGGAGUGGGAAUCGGUGGAACUGACAAAUGAAGAGACUGACUCAAAUCAGAAUCUAUCUGAGGUUAUUCAGCAUAACCUUUGAAUUUAGUAGUAGAGAAAUGCAGUCUUCUUAUGGGUUCGAUUUGAGAAAUAUCAAAUUGUUUACGGAAAGUGACUGACAUCAUAAAACUGUAAACAGUUCAAAUCUUCUUUAUGAACUUUCACACCACCAGGCUUCAAUUGAUGCAUUUGUAGAUACAGAUUUUCUGGACAACUUAUGUUGAACUUAAGAUGCAAAAAAUAACAUUUUCUUCUGAAAUUGAUUUCAGGAAAAGAACACUUCUCAAUUCCAAUAUGUUAAGGAGCAGUCGAAAUGCAUAAAUUGUCAGAUUUUUCAGUUUACACUAAACAAACCACACUUUUGUAUUCUUUAAGCUUAAUUUUUUAUAUCCCUAAAAAAUAUUACAUUCCUGGAAUAAGAACACCUUUUAAUAUGUAUGGUAUAAUAUUCCUGGUGUCAAAAAAUACAAGUUCAUUAAAGUUACGUAAUUGAAAAAUAUUCAUUCCUUAUUGCUGUCUGCUUAAUUUGGCAGGAAGCAGUGUGCGAUAUGUUUUUUAAACUAGUAUACUGAACUUCGUUUGUGGGCCUUAAGUAAAGGGGAUCAUUUCCCACAGCCAUUGGCAGGGAGCCCUGGUAUCAUUGUUUGUAUGAAAUACAUGGCAUGUCCAGUUGCAACCUGUGGUGUCUGCAGUCUUGUAUAAAGUACAAAAAGAUAAAGG